AUGACUGGGACUCGCCUUCAGCCGUACGAGCUUGAACCGCUGAUGCCAGGCGGGGCUCAGAAUGGUUUGAAAGAGGACGGUGGCAGACCGCGCAACGCGUACAGUCGUGCUUUGAAGGUGUCUGCUGUUGCCGUGGUCUCUGUGAUAGGCCUCGCAGCUGCCCUAUCGUGCUGGUCCCCUCGAGCGCAAUGUCCUGUUGCACGUAGACUGCCCACAGUGGACUCGGAAACCGGCGUAGGUCGUUUACCAGUCCUCGGUUACAACACAUGGAAUGCAUAUCACUGUGACAUCAAUGAAAGUCUCAUUCUAGAGACCGCGCAACUCCUGAAGUCGCUUGGCCUUGCGGAUGUUGGCUAUAAGUAUGUCAACAUCGACGACUGCUAUUCGGAGAAGAAUCGGACUGCCACAGGUGAUAUUGUCGAAAAUAAGGCCCGCUUCCCGUCUGGAAUGCGGACUCUGACUAACCAGAUACACGACCUUGGUCUAAAAGCUGGUAUUUACUCUGAUUCCGGAUGGUUCACCUGCCAACUAUACCCUGGUUCAUUUCAAAAUGAAUUGAGAGAUACACGAUUGUUCCAAGAGGAAUGGGGUUUUGACCUGUUAAAGUAUGAUAACUGUGCGAUUCCUUUCGACACGGUCAUCAAGCAAGGCAUGGUUGGCAAAUUCCAGCGGAUAGCUGACGCUCUGAGCAAGCUUGCCGCUACAACGAGAAAACCACCGAUGGUAUUGUCCCUCUGCCAGUGGGGUGAAGAGCAACCUUGGCUCUGGGCUAAGCGAUUCGGCCAAAGUUGGAGGACUACAGGCGACAUCGAUCCUAACUGGGGCUCAGUAACGAAAAUCCUGGAUGCGAACUCCUUUAUCACUUGGGCGUCUGAUUUCUACGGUCACAACGACAUGGAUAUCCUGGAAGUCGGGAACGGCCUUACAUACGAGGAAGCCAAGUCGCAUUUCACGGCAUGGGCCUUCAUGAAGUCUCCCCUACUCAUCGGCACUCACCUGGCAAGCGCGACAGAUGAAACGCUGGAAAUUCUCAAGAACACCGAGAUUCUCGCGAUCAACCAGGACCCAGUGGUAGGCACUAGCAUAAGCCCCUUCCGGUGGGGCAUCAACCCGGAUUGGGUUAGCAACUCGACGCACCCAGCCCAGUAUUGGAGUGGCGAGAGCCAGAACGGCACGGUAUUCAUGCUUCUGAACACGCUGGACGAGCCGGCAGACAUGUCCUUCAGCUUGACGGAGUCUCCGUGGAUCAGAGCCGGGAGGCAAUACUCCGUCCGGGACCUGUGGACCCAUACAGACAACGGCACCGCCGUGCGCAACUUCACAGCGCACGCGGUCCCUGCGCAUGGUGUCGUUGCGCUGCUGUUGCGGGACGCGGGUGAUGAGCCGGAGGGGAUAUAUCCGCCGUGCGCGCGCCAGGCGUGGUGCAUGAGUAAGAACGGGACGAAGUACUUCCCCGAGUGA